GCUAGGGCUUAGUACGUCAUUAUCACAUGAGAGCAACGUAGAAGUCGGAACAUGAAAUUAUGGAGCCAAAAUUCUUCCUCUUUUUCUGUCUGUAAUAGGUUACCGGUACCAUUGUUGGAUUUCUAGAGAGAGGAUUUCAGUUUUGGAAAAAGAUAUUCCUCCUGGGAGGACUUUGAUACAAGAAAAAGGCACUCGGAUACAUAUCUCCUGGCUCCCUUUACAAGUUGAAGUUCGCGACCAGGUUCAGUGUACGCGGCGGACGAACGUGCAUGUACUUGUACAUGAUGCACGGUAGGGAAACUGGCAGAGAAACUUGCCUUUUCAUGGCGGUGCUUCAGUGUUACACAAGCUUCUUCAUAAUUUUGCAGACAGUUCAACUGCUCUCACAGCAGCAGGGUCAUUCAAGUUGGCUGGGGAUUUUCCAGGAGGCUAUUUGUGUGUAGCGAGCCGCCAACUCGUUUAUACCCGAUCCUAGCCAGAGCUGAUCGACAAAUGAGGAUAAAAUGGCUGAACUUGGCGAGCGGCAGGCCUCGGGCAGUCGAAGUCGUGACCUUGAGGACGCCCUUUGGCAGCUAGCGGGUGAGCUUGGACAGAGCUGGAUGAUGAUUGGUCGGGCCCUCGACUUUACCGAAGCCAGGCUUCAGAACCUGCAAAUGGAUUAUCCAGCUGAUGCUCACGAGAGGGCGUACCAAAUGCUACUAAAGUGGAAGAACAAAACAACCCCAUCUGAGCGCUCUCAGCAACUACGUGGGGCACUUGAAAAGGCAGAACGGCUAGAUCUGAUGUAUUUUGUUUCCGAAGUUACAACUCACGAUACAGUUUUUGAACAAGUAGUCUGGAAAAAGGGAUUAGACAAGGAGACUUUCUGUAAGAAACUAAAGAGUUUUGUUCAAUCGAAGAUGAGCAAGCUUCCUCUUGUACCAUGGAUUACCACCGGAUGCGUUAAUGUUGAACAGGUUUUCACCAAUGUCCAACUCCUCAUCAGCAUCAUGGCUGCGUAUUUCCCCAUUAAACUGCCCCUUCAGUCGUACAACGCUAUUUUUAAAGACGUGACCAGAGAGGACGAAGGCCUUAUCGAUUUCUGUGGCGCGCGUAUUCUCAUGCGGGGCCGGACUGGCAGUGGGAAAACAACUUUGUUGACCAAGUACGCCUAUGACUGGGCCACAGGCAAAUCUGAGGCGUUGCUACGGAACGCCCACAUCGUACUCGUACUGCCCAUGCGCAAGCUCGAUCAACACAGCAACCUUGGUCAAGCGGUGCUAGAUCACAUGCUUCCAAAUGAGCGUCGCAUCACCCCAGAAGAAAUUGAACAGUACUGCGAGGACCACCCCGAAGAAGUGGUCAUCCUGCUGGAUGGAUACGAUGAGUUCAAGGGAAAAGGUCUUGACCAAGCAGAUUGUGGUAACAUUGUGAAGAUGCUCAGAGGUGAAUGGCUGACUGAAUGUCGUGUUGUUGUUACCACUCGGCCAGGACGUGUGGAUGAUUUCAAGGACGACUAUGAGAGCUACCGCCAUCUGGAAAUAACAGGUUUCACCCCCAAGGACAUUGAUGACUAUGUCCAUAAAAUUUUCAGGGGUGAGAACAAACCACUGGGAGACAAGUUACUGGUCUACCUCGAAGAGAACCGAUUGAAGGAAGAGCUGGCAUCCAUUCCACUCAUGCUGACCGCAUUCUGUCAGCUUGCCAAAUGGACAGAUGGAAAGGAUUUCAAUGAACUGAAUACUAUCAGCAAACUGUUUGAUAGACUGAUUGAAUGUGUGUUCAAGCACGACCACAGUAAAGUGGCCAAGAAACGGUUUUCAUCGGGAGCCUUUGUCCCCGGGUUACUAGAUCCAGAGAAGUUGGUUCUCGAGUUAGGGAAAGUUGCCUUGAAUGGCUUUUUUGGCGAUGUCACAGAGGAACUGAUCUUCUCUGAGGAGGACUUUUCACGUUGUUCCAAUCAAGCACAAGUCAUUUUGCAAGGCUUACGGGCCGGGGUUCUUUCCAGAGACGGUGAUUCCAACGUUCGACCACAGAACUUUGAGGAUCUCGGGCUAAAGGGACAAAAACCUUCAACUACACGAGAUAUUUCCUUCAUCCUGAAGAGCAUACAAGAAAAAUGUGCAGGGAAGUAUCUGGCACAUUUGCUAGACAGUGGCGACAAAAAUUUGUUCACACACUACCUUCAAAAGGUCGACACUGAUCAACAAGUUUUGGACUACACUAACAUUCUAGUCUUCGCUAGUGCUGCUAGCAUUGAGGCCGCCCGGCACAUUUUGUCAUAUGUCAUCGCUUUACUCAGGGACACGCAAGGCCAAAAUAUCUCACAGUACUUGAGUGGGAAGCUGCACUUCAGGCACUGCCAAAAAAUACAACGUCUAAUCGAAACGUGCCUCCAGCUGAACUUCGAGAGCAAUAGUGAAGGUCGGUUUAACCAUAUGUUUAAUUCCCUCUUUGGUGACAGCGGUUGCGUUCGUUUGGUUGGGAUGUCUACCUAUGUGGCUAAAGCUCUUGGUUACCUCUUUGCACAUAGUUGUCAGGGCAAGUUAUGUCGAGAGCCAAACUCAUACAAUUCUCCACCUAUAGAAAGGUGUGCUCUAUCCGCGAGGAGUCUGCAGUUGAUUUGCAUUAAGCUCGAUUCCAGCACACAGUUCCGAGAGUUCCUAAACUGUUACCCUGGCACUGAAGAGGCAAUCAGCAACUUUAUGGGAGAUAGUGUCAAACCACAGAGUCAAAAUGACUUUGGCAGUCUCCGGAAGAAAUUACAGACAAGUGAACAGAAAAUACCAAACUAUCUUGGAAAUCGUGACGACCUAACAUUCUUCGCAGUGGUACCUAUUUGGCAGGAAGUGAGCAAGCAUCAAGUACAGGAUUUUAGUCUAGGCUUUGUCAUUUCUGGCUUGAAGGAAUCUUCAUUGGACGAACUCGUCUUAAACGGAGUGAGCGCAGACCGCAAAGACUGGAACGUCCUGUUCAAUAUGAUACAAGAUGGCGUAUUUGCCCAGAUGACACGACUGACUCUGAGUUUAAAUGAUCUCACAUUCGACCAAUCAGCUCACCUUGCGACCGCUCUGGUGGCCACACCAAAUCUGAAAUACUUGAAGAUGGCUGGGAACGAGUUGGGGGAAAGUUUCGUGGAAAACCUUCCUCAGAUGCUGCAGCUCGAAAAUGUCAUCUUAGACAAGUCAAAGAUGCCUUCCAAAGCCAUAGUGGAAUUCAUGAAGAAGCUUGAUCGGUUCCCACAACUCAAAAGGCUAGAUUUGCGUCGAAAUGAGAAUACUGACGAUGAAGUCAUUCAGGCCAUUUGUAACAGUCUGAGCAGCCGCCAAACUUGGAAGGAAUUAAGACUUUCGCUGUACAAGGUAAGCGAGGCUGGACUCGAGGCUUUCCAGAGAUCAAUCGGCCAGGCUAAAGAAUUGACCCAUCUUAAUUUGGUGCACUCUCCUAUCCCAGACAAAGUGAUUCAGUACUGUGCCCCAGCGUUAUCAGGCCUAAAACAGUUGGUUGAUCUGAGAAUAUCGGGCAUCCCAUCAUCCACCUCCCAAGAAGGCUCACCAUGUACUGAGCAGACCGUGGAGGCAUUCACGACUGAAAUGCACAAGCUGCAACACCUGAAAUUCCUGAGCUUCCUCUACACGAAGAUGUUUCCACAGGACUUCAUCACGAUGCUUAACCGCUGCCAGAAACACACUUCUCUCAAGACGUUCAGGUUCUCUCGCCAAUAUUUGCCAGCGGGCUCUAAAGUCGAGACAGCAUGUGAGAAAGCAGAAACCAAAUUUCUGCAGCUGUGGGUGUAAUGAUUUCGGGGGAACAGCACCAACGAAACACAAAGACGGCUGACGUGCAAUACUCCCAGUCGCCUGGUCUGAACAUUUUUGUAAAUAUGACGUAUUUCCCUUGACCCCAAAAGGCACAAAUUAAUUCAGUUUCUUUCAGUUCAUUUUAUUGGGUUCCUGCGUUUGGUACGUCAAAUUUGUAUACACAAGACAUUGAUUGAGAAGACACGACUAAGAACACAGUAAUCAGAUCUUAUACAGUUUUUUGUUGAGAUACCUUCAACUUUUAACAUUUCUGAGAAAAAAUGGCAUUCUUAGAGAGUUAGGCCUAUAUCCUUUUAAUGCAAAUAUUUUUGCGAAUGUCUCUGGGGUAUAUCUUUUGUAUUUGUUGGUGUCUCCAGAGUAAAGCCAGCAAGAUAUGGGACGGAAGGGAUCCCCACCCCUACAUGUCCAAUACCUAUACAGUCCUUAGAGUAUUGUUACCUAACACACCCCCAUGUCUAUAAAAAAUUCUUGAGAUUCCGGUCAAACAAUGACCACCACAAAGGUGGGGUGGGUGCUCUCCGUCCCACAUCUCGCUUCAUAUGUUCCAAAGUGAUUAACGUCAUCACUUAAUUUUAGGAGAAACGACAAAAAAGUGUAGAUUCUUUGAUUUUAAUUGGCGAAGACGCGAUUCCCUGACUUAAACCAUAGAGGAGGAACACAGAAGUAGUUUGAACUUCCCAGGCUAUAACUCCUGGCCAAUUACCGCUCUCUGGCAUGCCCAGUAUGCCCAUGGCCAGAGCGCUUGCUACGCACCAUGUGUGUCACCACCACGAAACCCCUUUGUACUCUAUGAUAACCGUCGAAAUUUUGUCGCUGGUAAUCUGCAUCCUUUGAACUUGUGUACUUAAGUAUAGGACAUUGAAUAUUCACGCAUUUGUUGGUGCUUGGUAUGAUUUCAUAACAAAAUCAAAUGUAAUGCUUGCGGAGUUGCUUGUAUUACGCUUUGUGCCCUAAAUGUACAAGUGCAGUCAUUGCCCUUUAAUAAUGAACGCUUUCUUCUGGAUAUUUUUGGAGAUAAAUUGUCCUGUUGUUCACAAUAUGUUGUGUCCUGUUUGAAUCAUUUUUAUUAUCGCGUUUGUACAAAAGCAUACUUGACGAGAUUUCAUGAUCAAUCCAUGUGAUUGAAUAGCGCAUUCUAUUCCUUAUGAAUUUAGCUUUCAAGCAGUAGUCAACAUUUGUUGGCCAGUCUUGGCCAAAUUUGUACCAAGCGUUUAAAAACUGAUGUAUCGGAGGGAGGGGAAUAGAAUUGCAAACUUUGCAUGGAUAAUAGAACAGUGUAUCAAAAUAAAAAAAUGAUUGCAA